AUGGAUAAAUCUGCCAUCUCAUUCAGUUUUGGAGUGGAGGAGACCCUCAAAUCCAAUUUGGCUGCACAACUUGGAGUGAGGCGUGAGAAUUUUCAAGGCAAGCACCUGGGCAUCCCUUGUGUUGUUGGAAAAUCCAAAGUGGAGAUAUUUCAAAUUCUGGUGGAUCGCACACGGAAAAAGGCAAAGGAUUGGAAGCGCCGUUUCCUAUCCGGUGUGGGAAAGGUGGUGCUAAUUCAAUCGGUUCUCCAAUCUAUACCAACGUACUUGAUGAGCUGUUUUUCCGUACCCGAGCAAAUUUGUCAGCAACUUAACAGUUUAGCAGCGAGCUUUUGUUGGGGACAGAAGAAGGAUGAAAGAAGGAUACAUUGGAAGAGCUGGAGAAAACUUUGUGUUCCCAAAAAUGAAGGUGGGAAGGGAUUCAGAGACAUAAGCUUGUUCAACCAAGCAAUGCUCGCAAAACAAACAUGGCGGAUACUACAAAAUGGCUCGACUCUCCUGGCCCGUUCUUUAAAAGCAAGAUACUUCCCUCGGACGGACAUUCUCUUGGCUAGUAAAGCCCAUAAUCCCUCUUUUGUUUGGAGAAGCUUACUAGCGGGACGUGAUCUUCUGAUGAAAGGCAUUGUGUGGAAAGUUGGUGAUGGGGAAAGAAUUCGCAUUGGGAAAGAUUGUUGGAUUCUGAUAAGAACUUCGCCGGCAAUUACCGGAAAACUAUGA